CAUUAUGUUAAUUAACGAAUACCUUUGGUAACUACAAUGGCUUUGUAAAACAAGAAGCUUACCUAUCAAAACUGCAGUUUUAUUAAAUUUGUUAUUUUUAAAGACAAAAAAAAUUACUUGGGGACAGACCCUGCUGGCUUGGAGCUUCAUUUAUGACUUUUCCUGGUGCAGUCCAAGAAAUUAGCGUUUUGAAUAAACAAGCAAUUUUUACACUUGUACUUGGCAUCAAUUUUUUUAAAAAGCCCUGCUGUAUAAAAUCUAGAAUUUGAGCAAGCCAGGAAAGCAUUGAAACAGAGCGGGCUUGCUAAUUUGGACUGAGUUAGGUUGGAAAUGGCUUCUCAGACUGCAGGUACCAGUCAACAGAUGGCUGGAAAAUCAGACAGUCAGGGACUUAUUAGCAGAGUGAAAAGUUUGUUGGUUCGUGCAUGGAGGGAAAGAUGGCCAGACAUACAAUGGGGAAUCCACUUUAAACGCCUUGUACACACCUCUAACUCUGAAGCUGGGGCAAGGGAGUGUGCAGAGAUUUUACUCCAAGAAGCACUAGUGGGUACCCACCCCAACAGUCUCAUCCUCUCCUACCUGAAACACGCCACAUUCUCCAAGUUGUUGCCAGUCUCAGCUACGUUCCAGUAUAUCACUAACUACGAUGACUUCAGCAAACCUCACUGUCUGCUGGCCCUCGUUGACUUGGCUCAACAUCUCUCCACAUACAUGGGAUUCAGUUAUGGUUCAGAAGGAGGACUUGCUCUUUGCCACACUCUACAGUCUCUUGUAUACUGGCUGCUAAAGGUGAUGCUACGCUCUGCCCAGCAGUUUCUGGAGAGUGAACAGACGGAGCACCAGAACCUGCUUCACUCCGGAGCUCUUGCCCUGCAGGCCAUGGCACAAUCACAGACAAUUGCCUCACUUCUGUACAUAGCAAGGGCAGAGAACUCAGAGGUGUAUAACAACAUGGAACAGACAGAGUUAAACAUGCGGGGCACACUGUCACAGAUCCCGCAGGACUCCAUCUCUGCUGAACUCAGACAUGAUGUCUCCAACCUCGACAUAUUAAAAAAUGUAAAGCAAAUGGCAGUCACCCCUGAUGCAGUCCUUGAUGUCUCCAGCAUGCCUAUCUGUUCCACUAUUGUUACCAUGGUGAUGCAGGAAGCCAUUUUGAAUCCCACAAGUGACAUACAGCCCUUCGUAGACCAGCUGUUUAUCAUUGAAAAACUAGUUAAGUGUAAGCGUUCCUACUUGUUCUGUGAAGUGUUACGAGGCUGCUUUAUCGGGCUCGUUGACCUAAAACCCGGGGAGAGUCAGGAACAGUUUCGCAUGUGUGCGUUUACUUAUCUAAAGGUGCCCCAGAUUCUACAGAAAAUCCAACAACAGUCUCCGAGUCGUGACUUUGUCUCCGACCUUGAGGCGGGCUUUGAACGGCUGCUUCACAGCACCAGUAUGCUGGAUCUGGCAGACUCGAGACACAACUGUGACCUGCUGGGUUUCCUGCUUGGAGAGUGUACCAAACUAAACCUACUGUCAGCUGCACAACAGAAAAGCAUUACUGCCAAAAGAGUUAGUGAUAUGGAUAGACCCAGACCAACAGACCAACAACAGGCCAACCAGCCAUGUGCCAGUCUCAUCCUACGAGCUGAACCCACUGUCAGCAGUAUCCUCAAAAUGCCAUUUCAGACACUUGAUGCAGACUACAGUAAGAACCAGGAGGCCCAGCUAGGGGUGCUACAACACAUGUUAAAGAGUUUUGAGUUGAUCAUGGCUGCUGCUGCCGCUACUGGAAAGUUGCAGACAUUCUGCUUCAAACUAAUUAAAUUUAAUGAGUUAGCCAAGCAGAGCCCGGGCCCUGAGGGAGGCAAGGGCUCCACGACACGAGCCCUGCUGUUUGAUAUCUCCUUUCUCAUGUUGUGCCACAUUACCCAGCUGUAUGGAAGUGAGCUGAUAACAUCCAACAUGGAGUGUAUAAACACAUUCUUUGUCCAGUGGGUAUUACGCUGCCUACCAGAGGACGGCAAGUACAAGUCUGUAGAUAUCAGUAUGUCAUCUGACUCCUCAAAAGUGGACUUUCUGUUGAACGCCCUCACAUCUGGUUCAGACUACACGCAGGGGAGCCCCAAAUGGCAUGAGAUCUGUAACAACAUGCCGUACGCCAUCCAGGAGGUGCUGUUUGCCUGGGAACAUGGCUCGCUCUCCUCAGACAGUAUCAAGAUGAUACUAAACUAUGUGAAGAACCGGAUGUUGAGCCUGCCAGUGUGUGUGGUGGCAUGGAUGUGUAGCUAUAUCAACAUGUUGAGUGACGAUGCCCGCACCAAACCUCUGUCCAUGCUGCAGCAGCUAAUACAGCCCCUCUCAGGGGACAACCUCCCAUCAUACUAUGCCGAGAGGUCCCAGCUGAUGCAGUCUGUAGUACAUAAGAUGAUUCAGGACAUUCUGCCCCCGGCACAGCGACGCCCCAAUCCCCAGUAUGUGCCAGCCAACAGUCUGCCCGCUGAUGUGAUGGCAACUACAUUGAAGGCAGUGUUCACACAGGGAUGGCUAGAUAUGGACAAUCUUCAUUGUCUCGAGGCGCUGCUCAACCUCUGUGGCUCUGACUGGUUUGCAGACAGACAAGUCCAGCACAUGUUGGAAAGUCACAGAGUGGAGGAAAUGCACGUGAAUCUCGGGCUGGCUGCAGCCAUCACCCACAUGGAUCUAGAACACAUCGCACUGUCAGUCCUGCUACACACACUCCCCAACCUCCUGUUGUCGGCGGACUCUCACGCCAUGUUGACAGAUCCCAGAGGGUACACACUCGCUAAAUUCAGUGUGAUGACUGUGACAGCUGCACAGGCUGCCAGGUCUGUACAGAAAGAGAGCAGACGGGGCAGAAAGCGAUCGAGAAACGAGUUUGAUCUUGAUGAUUUUGAUGACUUUGACAGCAGACAUCUGCAGACAAAACGAGCCAAGAUGGAACCUCAGAUAACCCUCGAUUCAGAAGGCUUUAAUUUUGAUUUCCUAAAUGUGAAAGAGGACACAGAUGCAGCCCCAGUCAUCGACACAAAAGACCCGCUGAACAAAGCUCUUAUAAAUCUCUUCCGACUGAUGAAUGCCAUCGUGCAUGAUGGAGAAAUCAGCCCAAAGACCAGUUUCGUCAUCGGCUUUAUUGAUGAGGCUGUAAAGUGCGGACCACACGCCAGAUAUAUUCUCCAGUUCAUGCCUUCUAACAUGUUAAGCCAAAUUUUAAAGUGUAUACCAGGAGUGUUCGAGAAUGAAAAAGUGCUUCAAAUCUGUGACCUUACAAACACAACUGGGAGGAAAAUUGCAACCAAAGUGGUGUGCCAAAGUGCUAGGUUUGAAAGAGACUGAUGAACCAAUCUGACUAAAGCAUGGGAUUCAUUUUGCCCUAACAGAUUAAAAAGGGACCAAUAUGGCCAGUGGAAGGUGUUCAUGCAUUUUUCUGGACCAACUACCUUUUUGGAGCAAUGCUGUAUUUUCAGUUGUCAAGACAAGACACCAUAAAUAUGAGAGCAGAGCUUUCAUUACCAGCCUCUGAUAGCAUGAUUCGAUGAACAUUUAGUAUUUCAAACAACUUUGAAUGUAAUACUUUUACAAAUGUAUCCAUUGACAACUGUGUUUGCUUGUCCAUAUGGAGGAAAUACUGUUAAAUGGUAUCUAGUGUAAUAGUUGAAAACGUUCUUUAAUUUGUGCAAUUACGGAUUCUUCUGCUAUUUUUUAUAUUGUCUAUGAUUUGUUUUUCCCUUGAUGGAAUAAAGAGUCAAAAAACAUU